AUGAAUGGAGCUUUGAUGUUCGGUUUUGUAAUGCACUGUAGCACAAUCACUCAUUAUGUAGAGCUUAUGUUACUUUUUAUGGGGGUUUUGUUGGUAAUACCUGUAUAACUCUGUUUAAACCUCUGAUUCAAUGCAGUUAUUUUUGUAUGGGGCUCUCUAAAAGUAUCCAUUAAAUUAUGGUUGAUUCAAUUAAAACCAUGAGGCUGAAGUCUAUGAAACUUUUUCCCCAUCUUCCUUUGUGCCGGUUUUCUUUACUGUGUUUCGAAGCCCGAGGUAACUCCAUCUCCAUCUCUGCAGAGCGCAGAUGCAUUGUCUGAGGCUGUGGCUAGCCUCAGCACCGUGGAGGAGGUCAUGAAGUACCUGGAACCUGAGAGAUGGCUGCUUGACAUGGAAGACCUAUACAAGCCCACGUGGCACAUCCUGGGAAAGUCAUUCCUCCACAACAAGAAAUCCAGAGGUACAGUGACUACCGCUUCUCAAACGGCUAACAACUGGGGUUCUAGUGAUAGGAAUUGCAGUGGAAGAAAGGUCUGUCAUGUUGAGAUGGAGGGAAAAACAGAUAUACAGCUGCAGUUGAGCAUAAAACUGUCUGUGGAAGGUUAUCUUGAAAAUAUAUCUUGGCAAUUUAACCUCAGCUUAGCAAUUGAUGCCCCUUCUUUGUAAUUUAAUAAAAGGUAUCUAAUCAUUUUAGGUUGACGUGGUGAGCUUAAUCUCUUUGUUGAACAGGAGUGGAUCUCAACCUGUUGAGAGAAGAGGUGAGACUGUACAGCUGCACGCCGCGCAACUUCUCUGUCUCCCUGCGCGAGGAGCUCAAGAGGACGGACGCCAUCUUCUGGCCUAGCUGCCUCCUGGUGAAGCGCUGCGGGGGCAACUGUGCCUGCUGCGUGCAUCGCUGCUUUGACUGCCAGUGUGUGCCUACCCGGGUCAUCAAGAAGUACCAUGAGGUAAAAGUGUGGCAACUUUCCCAAUUUUCUGAGAUUUUAAUAUUCCUGGAAUCAGGAGAGAAUAAACUGGAAAUCCAGGAAUCUUCUAACCAGGAUUUCUGGAAAACCUGGGAAUUUUGGGAAAGUUAUCAGAAGUUAACUUUGUAACUCUAGACAAGGGUCAUAAUGUGCUACUUAUACUUGAACUUAAUAUUUUUUCUGAAAGAUCAGCAUAAUAAAUGCAAGCUAAUUUAUCAUAACAGAAUUACAUCCUGUUAUUUGGUGAUUGAAAUGUGUCAUUAGCUAGGUUUCCAUUCAAUUGGCGACAGAUCUUCAUGCAAAUAUUCUAAAAUCCACAUAAAGAAAAUAUGUGAAUUUUCCAUUGGCGUUUACACCAAACAGACUUAUUGCGGAUAAAAUCAUCAAUGGGUGAUGACGUAGUGCACACAAAAUGUUCAAUGUGUUUCCAUCGCAUUUUCAACUCUACCGAUAGUUUUGUCACAAAAACGGUUGAGUUAAAUAACAAAUGUGCCUACUCUGCGCUCUAGCCAACAGCUCGCAGAUACAAUGCAGGUAGGCUGUGCAGGUAGGCUAGUCUACAUUAUGAGAUUAUUAUGGAUAAGAGCAAGAAUUUUUUUAUUUGUAAAACAGCAGUCUAGCAUCAAUCAUAUCAUGUCACCAGAAUAAUACUCUCGAUAUUUAUUGGAAAGGAUGCAUCAAGCAUCAUGUGCACUUUCACCAUCCUGUGAAGUUCAUCUAAACGUAUUGCAUCUGUAGCCUAAUAAACUGCAUGGUUUCCUGAGUCAUAGUGGGAGGACCACACAACAUAUCAUCACGUGAUAUCACACACGUGAUAUGAUGGUCAUUAUAUAUUUUUUUGCACAUAAAGGCGUUUCCACCACCAUUUCUCGCAUAAUAUAUUUUACCGACACAAAAAGAUGCCACCAUGUCGAAAUAACAAAUUAUCUGUCUGCAUUUAUGAAACUACCUGUUUCCAGCAUUUUUCUUUAAUAUGGUAUGACUUUACUCGCAUAAAAACUGUGGAUGAAAAUGUGGUUAGUGGUGUAAAACAAAUGUAUCAUGAAGAUCUUUCUGCUAUGUAUUUUAGCUAAUUUAACCAUUUGAUGUGUAAAUGUGUUUGAUGUUGUUUUGGUGGAGGGCGUGUUCCAAACUCUCAAUUCGCGCUCUGGCUCACCGCUCUCUGUAGGUUCUCCUGCUGAAGCACCGAAGCGGGGGCCGAGGCCUGCAGAAGUCCAUGAGCGAUGUGCCCUUGGAACACCACGAGGAGUGUGCCUGUGUUUGCAAAGACGACUGGGACUGA